AUGUCUGGCCCCGUCGCUCGGCUUGCCAACCUCAAGCUUGGCGCCGUCGAGCAACGACGCUCCCCCUCCACCGCACACAGUUCCCACGACGGCACUUGGAGAAAUGCUGACCGCGUCGCCAGCGCUGACCUGGGCCUCAUUGGCCUCGCUGUCAUGGGACAGAACCUGAUCAUGAACAUGGCCGACCACGGCUUCACCAUCUGCGCCUUCAACCGAACCGUCUCCAAGGUCGACCGAUUUCUCGAGAACGAGGCCAAGGGAAAGUCGAUUGUCGGCGCCCACUCGAUCGAGGAGUUCGUCGGCAAGCUCAAGUCGCCUCGCCGCAUCAUGCUCCUCGUCCAGGCCGGCUCGCCCGUCGACGAGUGGAUCGCCAACCUCCUGCCCCACCUCGCCGCCGGGGACAUCAUCAUCGACGGCGGCAACUCGCACUUCCCCGACUCCAACCGCCGCACCAAGGAGCUCCAGGCCAAGGGCAUCCGCUUCGUCGGCUCCGGCGUCUCCGGCGGCGAGGAGGGUGCCCGCUUCGGCCCCUCCCUCAUGCCCGGCGGCAACGAGGAGGCGUGGGCGCACAUCAAGGACAUCUUCCAGAGCAUCGCCGCCAAGAGCGAUGGCGAGGCCUGCUGCGAGUGGGUCGGCGACGAGGGUGCUGGCCACUACGUCAAGAUGGUCCACAACGGCAUCGAGUACGGCGACAUGCAGCUCAUCUGCGAGGCUUACGACAUCAUGAAGCGCGGCCUCGGCCUCUCCAACAAGGAGAUCGGUGACGUCCUCGCCAAGUGGAACAAGGGUGUCCUGGACUCGUUCCUCAUCGAGAUCACCCGCGACAUCAUGUACUACAACGACGACGACGGCAAGGCCCUCGUCGAGAAGAUCCUCGACAAGGCCGGCCAGAAGGGAACGGGCAAGUGGACGGCCGUCAACGCCCUCGACCUCGGCAUGCCCGUCACGCUCAUCGCCGAGGCCGUGCUGGCCCGCUGCCUGUCCGGCAUCAAGGACGAGCGCGUCCUGGCGUCGUCGAAGCUCCAGUACGUCAGCCGUCACGCCGGAAAGUUUGAGGGCAACAGGGAGCAGUUCCUCGAGGAUCUCGAGCAGGCCCUCUACGCCUCCAAGAUCAUCUCGUACGCCCAGGGCUUCAUGCUCAUGCAGGAGGCAAGCACCCCCCCCCCCCCCCCCCCCGUCGACGUCGAGGCCUCCCCCGGCUGA